AAACCUGUACUUUGUCUUCCAGAUGAGAGGAGACAUGGAAAGCCCAAGACAUCAUGGGAAGUCCAACCAGGAAGGACACAUCUGGGGCUCCAUGAGGAGGACAGCUCUCAUCCUGGGCUCUGGGCUGCUCUUGUCUGUAGCCUUCUGGAACUCAGUCACAUGGCAUCUUCAGAGGUUUUGGGGUGCUUCUGGCUACUUUUGGCAGACCCAGUGGGAGAAACUGCUGUCUACAUUUGAAGGCAACGAGUGGAUGCUGUUCCUUAUAGGUGCUGCCCUGGUGCCUGGGCUCUGCUUCUGGGGCUUCAAUGGCCUCCUGCUGGUGGUGGACACCACAGGAAAACCCACCUUCAUCUCCCGUUACCGCAUCCAACUGGGCAAGAAUGAGCCGGUGGACCCCGUGAAGCUGCGUCAGUCUAUCCGCACAGCUGUUUUCAACCAGACUAUGAUCUCUCUUCCCAUGCUGGUCAUCUUCUACCCUUUCUUCAAGUGGAGGGGAGACCCCUUCUGCCGAGACCUGCCCACCUUCCACUGGUUCCUCGUGGAGCUGGCCCUUUUCACCCUCGUGGAGGAAAUCCUGUUCUACUACUCACACCGGCUCCUUCACCACCCAACGUUGUACAAGAAAAUUCACAAGAAACAUCAUGAAUGGACAGCACCCAUUGGUGUGAUUUCAGUCUAUGCCCACCCUAUUGAACACGUGGUUUCCAACAUGUUGCCAGUUAUGGUGGGUCCUCUAGCAAUGGGCUCUCACCUGUCCUCCAUCACUGUGUGGUUGUCCUUGGCCCUCAUCAUCACCACUAUCUCCCACUGUGGCUACCACCUGCCUUUCCUGCCCUCACCUGAGUUCCACGACUACCACCACCUCAAGUUCAACCAGUGCUAUGGGGUGCUGGGGGUGCUGGAUCACCUGCAUGGGACUGACAUCAUGUUUAAGCAGACCAAGGCCUACGAGAGACAUGUCCUCCUGCUGGGCUUCACCCCACUUUCAGAGAGCAUCCCUGAUCCUCCAAAGAAGAUGGAGAGUAGUAGUCUGCUUGGACCAUCCAGAGUGUUUCCUCACAAGUAGGAGGUGUGGAGACUGCCUGGGGGCCAUGCCGCCCUUAACAACUUGCCUCCUUUGGCCACCAUACUCUGAGGACUGUACCAUUAGGGUAAAAGGAAUGCAAGCUUCCUGCCGGGACAAGGCCAUGGUAUGAUCUGGGCUUCUCUCAAACUACUUCUCAUGUUCGUUAGGACCAGGAGUUGACUUAGGAAAGAAGAACUAGCUAUUUGGGCUGGAGGCCAUCCAAUGGAGAAAAGUCACUGAGAGCCUGGGGAAAUCCUUGGUCCUCGGCUCCAAUACCCCAAAGAGCUAGCUCCCCUGAGGCCUAGGUUGGAUACGGAGAAUGGGGUGAUAGUGGGACUGGAGGCUUCCUGGCUCCACAAACUUCUUUCACACCCAUAGCCAGGGCACCCUGUGGUAGUCACAGGCCACAUGUGUUGACAUGCUAGAUGUGGUCCCUGCUUCCUACCAAGAAAGCCUGGGUGACUUUUGCCCUCCAAAGAUACAAAUCCUUCAGAAGAAACAAUGACAGGCCACAAGAGUUGCUCAGUAUGACGCGCACCCCAGCCCCUGUGCCUUCGCCUGUUGUUAUUGGGGCUGAACUGGUGUGGGGGAAGACCCAGGUCAGUGCUCUCUAAACCCAAAAUAAUCUCCUCCCCCAACAAUGAGCCUCAGAAAACAGGGCCCAAAGGCAGUCCCAUCUUCCUUUAAACGGCUAAUCAGCAGUAAACAUGUCAGGGAGUAGGUUAGGUAGCAGUGAGCUUUUCUAGUCCAGUGUUCUAGAACCCCACCCUGGCAGCGCAUGCUUAGGAAGCCUGGGAUCCCAAGAACUUGGCAACUAGGUUGGAUCUGGAAGGCUGUCUCCACUACCAUUUGCUAAAUCUCAGCACAACUGUGCUGAGCUUACAUUUUCAGUUGAAGGGUUAGUCAAGACUCCCUAUUGUGGCUUAAAUAAAAUCCUUUUCUUAACACA